UUACGGUUUUAAAGAUCCAAUAAUGUAUUAUGCAAUCUGAUGGUACAGUAAUCCCACAUUACUGAAGCUCAACCACUCAGUGAUUUGAUGAUUCCUGAAAAAUAGAUAAAAACAAUGAAUUAUGUAUCCUAAUGUUCCUAAACCUCAUACGUAAUGCAUCACAUCGUGGUUGUCAAUUAAAUUAUUGAAGGGUAAACCAUACAAUCCAUAUUUUCAAUGCUGAACAUUGAAUUUUAAGAGAAACAGGGAUGAGUGAAACUUCUUCCGGAUUAACAAACACAAUAAUGCAUAUAACGGAUUUCCCAAGUAAACAACGUGUAACUACUACAGUCGCACGAGAAAAAACGAUGUAUGCCAACAUUACAACAUACAAUACUACCAAUGACGUACUAGACAAUAGAGACACUGCAUCACGGGAACUUCUUGUAAUAGCAGGAAUAGUGAUAGUUCCUGUUAUAGUGAUUACAUUAAUUGGGAAUAUACUUACGAUAAUCUCGUUCAUACGGGACCGAAAGUUACAUGAAUCAAUCAAUAUUUACAUACUAAAUCUCGCUAUUGCCGAUUUCCUGAUCGGGACUAUUAGUAUGCCGAUAUACCUAGCAUAUACUUUAGAUGAUAGCGUUUGGAUAUUCGGAUACCAGUUCUGCAAGGCGUAUUUGUUACUGGAUUUAAUAUUUACCUCCGUGUCGUUAGAAGUGAUGAUUCUAAUUAGCUUUGAUCGUUAUAUUUUCCUAAAACACUGGUCCAGGAAUUAUAAAGAUCAGACUAGAAGGAAUGCUUAUAUACGAAGUGGUGCCGCUUGGAUUAUUGCAUUAGUUUUAAAUGGUCCAGCGACCCUGUUUUGGGACAUUUGGACAGGGGAGAAUUCUGUACCUAUAGAUGACUGUGAAGUACAGUAUCGAAAUAAUUACGCCUACACAGUAGUUGUGGCUAUAGUAGCAUUUCCAAUUCCAUUUGUGAUAUUGACUAUAUUGAAUACAAUUAUAUUUUGGGAAAUAAGAAAAUUACUUUCAAGGAGAGAAGAGCUAAGUAAUUUAUCUUCACUUUCCAACAGCCGGGACUCCACUUUGUCUAGAUCUGCGUCAAUCAAUGAUGUUCACGCAUGCGCAACUAGUGUUAAUUUUGUACAUUUGCAUCGAAGAAACAGCCUACGUUCCAAAGUAAUAUUCCACACACGUCAUGGUAAAAAGGCGGCUAAAUCUCUCGCAAUAUUGACUGUUGUGUAUGUGUGUGCGUGGCUUCCAUAUGCUAUUGCUAUAGUCAUAUAUUCAUUUUGUAGGACGUGUGUAAGUGUGCCGGUUUUUGAAACAUGUACGUGGCUAUUAUGGUUUAAAUCGGCAAUAAAUCCAUUUUUAUAUGCUUAUAACUGUAACAGGUUCCGGUCAAAUUUCAAAUACUUUCUGUCGUGUGGUAAGAGACAAAAGUAUAUAGGCGACGGACCAGUUAUUGUUUAAUGUAACUCGCUUUAUGAUUUAAUCAUUGGAUUAGGGAACGACCAUUUAACUUCAAAAAGGGAGGGUUAUGUUUUUUUCCCUAAAAGUCUUUACGAAUA